GAUCUAUUGCUAGUCGCCUUAUAGUUUUGUUGAGAUAUUCGAUGAAUAAAUGUGCUCAUCUUCAAUAAUUGAAAUAAAAAAAUGAAUUCUAUAUCAUUAUGCAUCUUCGCAAUCAUUUGCCUUAUUGGUCUCGUCUUAGGACAGAGUGCUGAUGAUUUGAUUGUCAAGCUGAACCAACCACCUAGUUUGAUACGAGGUCAUACUCUGACGAGCGAGAAUGGAAACACAUACUACGCCUUUCAAGAUAUUCCAUAUGGUGAGCCUCCAGUAGGAGAAAAAAGAUUUCAGCCUCCAGAAUUUCAUGCUGGAUGGGAUGGAAUCCUGAAUGCUACUCAGAAUAUCAAGUUAUGCAAUCAGUUCGCCUUUCCAUAUGCACCAGAAAAGAGGGAAGUAAAUCAAGUCGUGGAGACUGAAGACUGCUUGAUCCUAAACGUCUUUACACCAGUGGUUCCUGGAACUAAUAAGAAAUUACCAGUAUACUUAUUUAUCCAUGGUGGUGCAUUCAUCACGGGAAGUGGAAGUAGUUCAGGUCCGAAGUAUUUGAUUGAUGGAGAAAUAGUCGUUGUAACGAUCAAUUACCGACUAGGCCCUUUAGGUUUCCUCUCAACGGAAGACGGCAUUGUACCUGGAAAUAUGGGUUUGAAAGACCAGCAUCUAGCUUUGCAAUGGACGCAGAAGAAUAUUGAAUUAUUUGGAGGCAACCCAAACGAUAUAGUUAUUGGUGGUGAGAGUGCAGGUGCAUUUUCUGUUAGUUAUCAGCUACUCAAUUCGAGAAAUAAAGGUCUUAUUAGUGGGAUUAUCCAACAAAGUGGAACAGCUCUCAGUUCUGCUGGAAUGGAUGCACGACCGAGGGAUACAGCAUUUGCUUUGGGAAAACUCCUCAACAUUUCUGUUGAUGCAGGAGAUACCAGUAGUCUCAUCGAUGCAUUGCGAAAAACUCCAAUAGAUGCACUUGUAGCAGCUGCAGUUCAGGUUUCGAAUUCUGUCUCUUUUGGAUUCAUUGGGCAGCUGGUAUGGUCACCUGUUGUGGAGAAUGUAGGAGAUGACCAAGCUUUCGUCACGACUCCCAUGCAUCAAGAUUUCAUCGAUGGAAAUUUCAAUCAUGUACCUAGUAUGAUCGGAUUCAAUUCUGAGGAAUCAGUUGCUUUUUUGCCAGCAGAAGAAACGGUGGUUCAACUCGCUGCACUCAAUGACGCUGAUCCUAGUUUGCUUGUACAAGAUUCAAUGAAUGUGGAGAAUAAAACUCAAGUAGGAAUUGAGCUCAAAGGCGUGUAUACGUCAAAGCCUUUCUCGGAAGAUCUGGAAGCAUUUGUGAAGUUCACAAGUGACGUAGUUUUCAUUCGAUCUUCCAUUCGUCAGGCAGAGCUCUCAUCCCGACAUGCACCAGUCUAUUUGUAUCAGUUUUCAGCUGGACCCAACAGAUCUCCACAAUUUCCAGGUAUUGCACAUGGUGCCGAAUUAGAUUACCUUUGGGACCAAUUUCACGGAAUCGAAGUCGACAAAACUAUUCGGGAGCUGAUGCUUUCGCUGUGGUGGAAUUUCAUCAAAUACAAAAAUCCAACACCUGGAAAUGUUACCACCCUGCAGAAUAUCAAAUGGCCUACAGUUGACGCAAACAAUAUAGAAUAUUUUGAUAUAGACGAAACAUCCAGUGUAUCUUCUAAUCCAAGAAAUUACGAAAAUGUGAAAGGAGUUCUACUGGGCCGUCUCAGAUCACCAUAUCUUGUAUUCUAAACUGUUUGACAUGCUAUUCAAAUAUUCUCUUCAAGUUCAUGAGUAACAAUGAGCUUCCGUUAUGUAAUUAUUUUCUCCCUAAUAUAUCAAAUAAUAAAGAAAACACUGAG